UAAUUAAUUUAAUACUGGUUGAACAGACAACUGCAAACGUGUAUAAUCUAAUCUAGAAAUCUUGUACUCGAAGGUUAAAUUUGAUAAAAUGUUUGACAAAAACAAGAGUUUCAUAUUCAAUUACUAGACGGUCUGUGUGUGGAAAGUGAUUGUCUCCUGUUGUCUUUUUGUAACGUUUCCUCGAAUACACCCUAAUUUUAUCAAUUUCAGUACAAAUUUUAAAGGCACUUUCUAUAAUGUCUAAUAAAACUCCACUGAUACUCAGCAGAAGUAAUGAUAAAGAACAAGAUGAGAAAUUACUGGAGCCUUUCACUUACAUCUGUCAAAUUCCCGGAAAAAAUAUCAGAUCGAAGUUAGCAAGAGCCUUCAAUCACUGGAUGAAGAUACCCGAGGAUACCCUAUCUCAAAUCGAAGAAAUUGUUCAUAUACUUCACAAUUCCAGCCUACUGAUAGAUGACAUCCAAGAUAGUUCUAUAUUGCGAAGAGGCGUUCCAGUGGCUCAUUCAAUUUACGGUGUACCUAGUUCAAUAAACGCAGCGAAUUAUUGCCUGUGCAUAGCCUUGGAAAGGGUACUUGAACUAAAGAACCCUGAGGCUGUUACGGUUUAUAAUGAACAACUUUUGGAAUUGCAUAGGGGACAGGGAAUGGAAUUAUACUGGAGGGACAAUUUUUUGUGCCCCACUGAGGAGGAAUACAUACAAAUGACCAAGAGAAAAACUGGUGGUCUUUUCAUGCUAGCAAUACGUUUAAUGCAGUUGUUCAGUGAAGAUAAGUCAGAUUAUACAAAGUUAACCGGAACAAUUGGUUUGUAUUUUCAGAUUCGUGAUGACUACAUAAAUCUGAAGUCAAAGAACUACAUGCAACAUAAGAGCUUCUGUGAAGAUCUGACAGAGGGAAAGUUCAGUUUCCCAAUCAUCCACGCUAUAAAAUCAAAUCCAGAUGAUAAGAGAGUUUCACACAUUUUGAGGCAGAGAACGAAAGACGUGGAAGUGAAGAAGUACUGCGUUUCUUUAUUGGCAGAAAUGGGAAGUUUCGAAUAUACCCUGCGGGUCUUGUCGGACCUACAAAAGGAAGCAGUUGCUGAAAUAGAUAAAUUAGGUGGUAAUUCCUACAUGGAACAAGUAUUAAAUGUGUUAUUUCAAUUAGAAUGAGGAGGGGAAAAAGUGCUCUCAUCUCCCAUCUGUGUAAAUUAGUAUUCAACACCAAAGAUUCCUAAGAAACUGAAUAAGAACACAAUUUUCCUCAUUCGAAUUCGAUAUAUUAUAAUUGCAAGUACUUAUUUUCUGAUUGUCCAUUUUAUGAAUUUUGUAUUUUACUGAAUAUUGAGAAUAUUGUAUUUGUCUGUGCUUUAUUCAAUAAAGAAAUCUAGUUUUGAAAA